AUGUCAGGGAGAAGAAGAGCAUAUCCACAGCCACAGUACGCAGCAGGUGCUCCAGGAGGUGCUGGUGCUGCACCACCACCACCACCAUCAUCAGCGGCAGCUUUUGGCCAACCGUCUCAAUUCCAGGCUCAACAACAACAACAUCAUCAACCAAUUAAUGGACAACAACAGCCAUACGGCACUGAACAAUUGCAAAAUCAGUUUCAACAAAUGAACGUUGGUGCUACUGCCCCAGUCUAUCAACAGCCCGGCGCUGACCAAUUUCAAGCUACACCACAACUCAGCUACGACCCAUACCAAUCUCAACCUCAAGGUAAUAUCGGCGUUUAUGGACAAGGUAUGGGAGGUAUUCCACCAACUGUAGCCGGCCCUGCGGGUGGAGCUGCUGCUGUAGGAGUGGGCUAUGGGGGUGCAUACGGCCAGCCAAAUAAUAUUGGCACUGGUAUACAAUUGAAUGCGUUGUACACGACUGAUUUGUCUCGUGAUUUGCCUCCACCAAUCGCGGAAUUAUCAUACCAACCUCCUCCAAUCACUUUACCGGAUACUUCAACUUUGAUUCCAGGUUCAAAAACCGCAAAUGCCACACCUGACUAUUUCAGAUCUACUUUGAAUGUGGUACCUACCAGUAGCUCACUCUUGAAGAAAUCCAAAUUACCAUUGGCGCUUGUCGUCAAGCCAUACAACGCGUUGAAAAUAGAAGACGAGGAUGUCCCAGCAACUUGUGACACCACCAUCAGUAGAUGUCGUCGUUGUCGUGGUUACAUAAAUCCAUUUGUGACAUUGGCUGAAAAUGGAAGACGCUGGAGAUGCAAUUUUUGUAACUUGCUCAAUGACAUUCCAAGUGCUUUUGAUUAUGACGAAAUAAGCGGACAAGUGAGAAACAAGUUUGAUAGAGUUGAGUUAAACCACUCGGUUGUUGAGUUUAUUGCACCAAAGGAGUACAUGGCUAGAGCUCCACAACCAAUUGUUUACGUUUUCAUCAUUGAUGUGUCUGUCCAUGCAGUCCAAAGUGGAUUGACUGGUACCAUCACCAGAACUAUUCUUGAGAGUUUGGAUCGUAUUCCUAAUGUUAACAAGACAGCUAGAGUUGCAUUUAUUGGGGUUGACUCCAACUUGCAUUAUAUCAAAUUCAAUGAAGGAUUGGAGGGCACUGAGGUGUUGGUGGUUGCUGACACAGAGGAACCUUUCUUGCCAUCUCCAAGUGGACUAUUGGUUAACUUGGACGAGAAUAGGGAGCCUAUUGAAAAGUUGUUGCUUGAUUUCCCGUCAUUUUUUGAAGGCACUUCGAACCAAGGAUUUGCACUUGGACCAGCAUUGAAAGCGGGUCACAAGCUCAUUAGCAACGUUGGUGGUAAAUUGGUUUGUUUCGGUGCCAGUUUACCAAAUGUAGGCGAAGGUAAAUUGAGUUUGAGGGAUGAAGCUGGUGUUGCUGGUAAAGCUAAAGAGGCAAAGGCAUUGUUGACUCCUGCAGACAGUUUUUACAAGUCCUUUGCUGUUACAUGUAACUCGUCGCAAGUGACUGUUGAUUUAUUUUUAACGUCGGCUGGAUAUCAAGAUGUGGCUACAUUAUCCAAUUUGCCAAGAUAUACUGCAGGUCAAACCCACUUUUACCCCGCAUGGACGAGCAACAAGUACGAGGAUGUCGCUAAAUUGUCUAAGGAAGUUGGUGACCACUUGUCUCAAGAUAUCGCCUUGGAAGCUGUCUUGAGAGUUAGGGGUUCUACCGGAAUAAGAAUGUCUUCCUUUUACGGUAAUUUUUUCAACAGAUCUUCAGAUUUGUGUUCGUUCCCAACUUUCCCUAGGGAUCAAUCUUACCUUAUUGAAAUGUCUAUUGAAGAGACUAUAAACAAGCCAAUUGUCUACUUCCAGGCUGCCGUAUUGCACUCAACGUCCUUUGGAGAAAGAAGAAUCAGAGUUAUGAAUUUGGCGUUGCCCACGUCGUCCAAGUUGGUGGAUGUGUAUGCAUCUGCUGAUCAAUUGGCCAUCACAAACUACUUCACCCACAAGGCAAUCGAAAAGGCAUUAUCUUCUUCGUUACCUGAAGCAAGAGAUUUCAUCAUUUCCAAGGUGGUGGACAUUUUGAAUAUAUACAGAAAGGAGUUGGUUGCUGGUAAUGUAUCAGGUGCCUCGCCCUUGCAAAUCUCUACAAACUUGAGAAUGUUGCCUUUGUUGUUGUUGUGUUUGACAAAAAACUUGGCAUUUAGAAGCGAUCGUGUACCUUCUGAUCAUAGAGCUGCUGCUUUAAACAACUUGGGAUCGUUGCCAAUUCCGCAAUUGAUAAAGUCCAUCUAUCCUACAGUGUAUUCAUUGCACAAUAUGCCUGACGCAUGUGGAUUAGAAGAUGAAGAGUCUGAAAUUGUGUUGCCUGAGCCAAUCAAUGACACCAAAACCUCUUGGGAGAACUACGGGUUGUACUUGAUUGAUAAUGGCAGUGAAUUGUUCCUUUGGGUCUCAGGUAAUGUUGUGCCUGGCUUGAUUCAUGACGUGUUUGGUACUGAAAACUUGUAUGAGAUUACCACGGGUAAAACAGAAUUGCCUGAAAUGUCUAUUGAAGAAAGUGAAUUCAAUUACAGGGUUCGUCAAAUCAUUAGCGCAAUUAGGGAGCAAAAGGACUCCGUCGUUUGGAAGAACUUGUACGUUGUUGUUGGUGCUUCAUCCAAUGAGCCUAUAGAAAUCUCACAACAACGUGAUCUUAUGGCUUUGAGAAUGUGGGCAUCAAGUUGCUUGGUUGAAGACAAGACUGGAUCUGAGCAAUCGUAUAGAGAUUUCUUGACAUCAUUAAAGACAAAGGUUCAAUAA